AUGUCGGCAUCACUCCUGCGAAUUGCGGCCCGGGGCCCGGCUACCGCCUUCCUCCGCACUCAUGCCGUUGCCCGUCCUUCUAUGGCUGCCCGCGCCGCCAUCGUUGCCCCGGCUCUUUCCGCUGUCAACAGCUUCAGCACCUCGGCUCGUCUGCGCGCUGGCCCCCAUGCCGAGGAGACCUUUGAGGAGUUCAGUGCUAGGUACGAGCAGGAGUUUGAGGCUGUCCAGGACGUUUUCGAGCUUCAGCGUAACUUGAACAACGCUUUUGCCUACGAUCUCGUGCCCUCUCCCGAGGUACUCAAGGCUGCCCUCAAGGCUGCCAGGAGAGUCAACGACUUUGCGACCGCCGUUCGUAUCUUUGAGGGUAUCAAGGCCAAGGUCGAGAACGACGGCCAGUACAAACAGUACCUGGAGGAGCUCAAGCCCCUGAGGGAGGAGCUUGGCAUCCCGCUCAAGGAGGACCUUUACCCUGAGGGCGAGGAGGCCGCACACUAA